CGUUGUUAAUGGAACGUGAUUAUGGAGAGCUGUCACUAGCUAACAACAACAGAAAAUCCCGGUCGGCAAACGUUUUAAUUGGACCCGACAUAAAGGGGGCGCCCUGCUUCCCUCUGCUGUUCACCGAUGCAGAUGGACGUCGGGACCCGACGCUGACUAGAGGAAGUGUCACAUUCCAGCUCUUCUCCUUCUUCUUCACCCUUGUGUCCCACUCCUCCCUCUGUCACGCUGGCAAUGUCCAGGGUCCCGAGUCCGCCGCCCCCUGCGGAAAUGUCCAGCGGGCCCGUGGCCGAGAGCUGGUGCUACACGCAGAUCAAAGUGGUGAAGUUUUCCUACAUGUGGACCAUCAACAACUUCAGCUUCUGUCGUGAGGAAAUGGGCGAAGUCAUCAAGAGUUCGACCUUCUCUUCUGGGGCCAACGACAAACUCAAAUGGUGUUUGCGAGUGAAUCCCAAAGGCCUGGAUGAGGAAAGCAAAGAUUACCUGUCUCUGUACCUGCUGCUGGUCAGCUGUCCAAAAGCAGAGGUGCGAGCAAAGUUCAAGUUCUCCAUCCUCAACGCCAAGGGAGAGGAGACCAAAGCAAUGGAAAGCCAGAGGGCGUACCGCUUCGUCCAGGGAAAAGACUGGGGCUUUAAGAAGUUCAUCCGGAGAGACUUCCUCCUGGACGAGGCUAACGGUCUCCUACCUGACGAUAAGCUAACGCUGUUCUGCGAGGUGAGCGUUGUGCAGGACUCGGUCAACAUAUCGGGUCAGAACACGAUGAACAUGGUGAAGGUACCGGACUGCCGGCUAGCGGACGAGCUGGGUGGCUUGUGGGAGAACUCGCGCUUCACAGACUGCUCCCUGUGUGUGGCUGGACAGGAGUUUCAGGCCCACAAAGCCAUCCUGGCAGCGCGUUCCCCUGUAUUCAGCGCCAUGUUUGAGCACGAGAUGGAGGAGAGCAAAAAGAAUCGUGUGGAGAUCAACGACGUGGAGCCAGAAGUUUUCAAGGAGAUGAUGUGCUUCAUUUACACAGACAAAGCUCCCAACCUGGACAAGAUGGCCGACGACCUGCUAGCAGCAGCCGAUAAGUACGCUCUGGAGAGACUCAAGGUCAUGUGCGAAGACGCGCUGUGCACCAGCCUGUCCGUGGAGAACGCCGCCGAGAUCCUCAUCCUGGCCGACCUGCACAGCGCCGACCAGCUCAAAACGCAGGCGGUCGACUUCAUCAACUACCACGCAGCGGAGGUGAUGGAAACCGCCGGCUGGAAGUCGAUGGUCGCCUCCCAUCCGCACCUGGUGGCUGAAGCUUACCGCUCGCUGGCGUCCGCCCAGUGCCCCUUCCUCGGACCGCCCCGCAAGCGCCUCAAACAAUCCUAAAGGCAACAAAACACACUCUCGCUCGCUCUCUCUCUCUCUCAUACACACACACGCACAGACAAAAGCUCCCAGACACACAGGGAUAACCAGUCUCCUUGAUGUUACCUACAACACUACCACCCAGAACCUGCUGUAUCCUGUCUUUUUAAAGAAGAAGAAGAGGAAGAAGAGGAAGAGGAGGAAGAGGGGAUUGUAACGUGGAUUUUUUAGUGUUUACAAUAAAACCCGCAGAACCC